AUGCAGCAGUUCACAGACAUCAGGCCAGCACCCACACCGCCUAGCGCCUGGUCUGGCAGCAUCAACAAGAAUGCAAUCUCCCUACCCACCUCCAAUCCAAAUUCACAAGGCUACGGCGGCCUCGCGACCAUCAUCAAGCAAGGAUGGGCGAGUGUUAAGGAGGACGGCAUCAAAAGCUGGAUAUGGACGAAGAAGUAUUUGAUACUCAAGGAAGGCACGCUCAAUAUGAUGAAGAAUGAACAGGCCACAAGUCCAUCCAUUCAAAUCCCAUUGCGCGAGGUCAGCAACGUGCAGCGGUUGGAAAGCAAGUCGCCGUGCAUCGAGAUUGUACGAGAUAUGGGCAAUGCGCAAAUCAGGACAUUUGUCAUUGCUCUCAAAACAGACACGGAGCUCUACGCCUGGAUGGAUGAAAUCUACAACCGUUGCCCUAUGCUCGGCGUGUCCAAACCAACCAACUUUACACACAAAGUACAUGUCGGCUUUGAUCCAGCAUCAGGAGGCUUUACCGGACUCCCAGAAGAGUGGUCCAAGCUGCUCAAAACUUCUGCCAUCACACGCGAAGACUAUGCGCGCAAUCCGCAAGCUGUCAUUGAAGUACUUGAAUUCUACUCUGAUAUUCGCAAACGAGAAGAAAAGGAAGCGGCGUAUGAUGCGCGGUAUGGCUACCCACCGACUCAGAAUGUCAAUACGACAGGGAGUGGGGCGAGUGCACGCGCUGUUGCAGCUGCUAUGGGUCUACAACGACCACCUCCUCAGCAACAAGCACAAGGUCUGCCACCCAUGCAAUCGCCAGCGCCACCAGCGCCGCGUUUGCAACCGACACAACCCCUCGCAACGAAGAAGUCGCCACAGCUGGGUUCUCAGCAGCCUUCGAAGAUAGUAGCGCUGCCGACUGGUACUGGCAAGGAAAAGGUUGCGCCUGCAGUGACAAAAUUGACGCGUGCAGAGGAGAAACGCAUUUCAGCCAUGUCUGAGCAGCAAAUUAUGGAAAAGCUCAAGAGUGUCGUAUCGCCAGGCGAUCCGAAUGGUCUCUAUCAAAAACUUAAAAAAGUUGGACAGGGUGCGUCUGGUAGUGUGUAUGUUGCCAAAGCGCUGCAUGAUCCCAAGCUUGGCAAGGUGGCCAUCAAGCAGAUGGAUCUUGCGCACCAACCGCGCAAGGAAUUGAUUGUGAAUGAGAUUCUGGUGAUGCGCGAGUCGCAGCAUGCGAAUAUCGUCAACUUUUUGGAUUCCUUCCUACGAGGUCCAGGUGAGCUAUGGGUCAUUAUGGAAUAUAUGCAAGGUGGUGCUUUGACGGAUAUUAUCGACAAUAACCAUCUUUCUGAGAGCCAGAUUGCAUUGAUAUGCCGGGAAACGUGUAAAGGCCUGGAACACUUGCACGCACACAAAAUCAUCCACAGAGACAUCAAGUCUGACAAUGUCUUGCUCGACGCAGCUGGGCAAGUGAAGAUUACAGACUUUGGCUUUUGCGCCAAGCUGACGGAAGCCAAGUCCAAGCGCGCCACCAUGGUAGGCACACCUUAUUGGAUGGCCCCAGAAGUCGUCAAGCAAAAGCAAUAUGGCGAAAAGGUGGACAUUUGGUCGUUGGGCAUCAUGGCCAUUGAGAUGAUUGAGAAUGAGCCGCCAUACUUGGACGAAGAACCCCUCAAGGCGCUCUACCUCAUUGCCACGCACGGCACACCAAAACUCAAAGCGCCGGAAAAGCUGAGCAAAGAGCUCAAGGGGUUCUUGUCGGUGUGCUUGUGCGUUCAAGUCAAUGCACGCAGCAGUGCAAAGGAACUGCUAGAUCAUGAAUUCUUUGCAGGCGCAUGCAAGCAAAGUGAUUUAGCGCCCUUGUUGGCAUUCAAGACGGCAUAAUGUAGUACACCGUCCCAUGUAUAGAUCUCCUAGACAGCGAUUUGGCCUCGAUGUAUUCCUUGCAGAAAUUGUUGCCACCGUUCAACAGAACGUCGAACACGGCCGCGCGCAGUGUCGCGCUCAAGUGCAAACCAUUCACGGUGUACCGUGCCGCAACCAUCACAAGCUGUUCUGACGUUUUCCACUUGGAGUUCAAGGUGAAUCAAGCGCUCUAGCGAGCUUGAGUACUGCGUUGGGAAGCUGUCUAGAAAGUCGACUUGCUGCUUGCAUUGGCGGGUCCACUGUUUUAGGCGCCGCUCAACAGAGCUCGUGCGUCCAAUCUUGAGUGAUAUUUGGGGUGUCCAAUGGUGAUCGCCGUCAAGACGAAAGACGUAAAUGUACUCAAAGACAGCGGAUGGGGCAGCGAGCGUACCGGCUUCGG